AUGGGAGAGAGAGAAAUUCUUGAAAUUUCGCCCAACCUACCUGUUGAGUUCAGCCUUCCAUAUGAUGGAUCUCUCAUCCCUUCAGGCAUAGCAAUGGCUGAGUACAUUCAAAAAAUUAAGGGUCUUGUAGACUCUUUGGUAGCUUCAAGUUAUCUAAUCUCAGAUGCUGACCUAAUUCAGUAUAUGUUAGGUGGUUUUGGAUUAGAGUAUGAUCUUUUUGUUAUAUCUAUCAUGACCAAACUUUGCAAUCUCUCUAUAGUUGAUGUUCAAAGCCUUCUCAUGAGUUUUGAAAAAUGCAUGGAACGCCAUAUUCAAUCUUCAUCAAUGACUGCAAACAUUGCAAGCAAGGGAACAAAGGAGCAACAUGGCCAUCACUCUAAUAAAUAUAACAACUACAACAAUAGAGUAACAACAAACCCGGAAAUUACAACAAUAGUAACCAAAGAAGCAAUCAAGGUGGCAAUUCUCAUCGUUCUCCUUCCAAUUAUCAGAAAGGCAACAGUGCAUUUAUUUGAUCUAUUUGGUGGUCAUUCCAAUGGUUCUGCUAUGAUUGCUUCCUCCUCUGCUAGCAGUCAUGAUCUCAAUUGGUACCCAAAUUUGAGUGCCACAAAUCACAUGACAUCAAAUCUUGAAAAUUUAUCUCUGCACCAAGAAUACCGUGGGAAUGAUCAGAUCUCUGUUGGUAAUGACCAAGGUUUCAAAAUUUCACAUAUUGGUCAUGCUAUUUUACUUACUUUACAUGGUUCUCUUACUUUUAGAAAUACUCUUCAUGUGCCUCAAAUUAGGAAGAAUUUGAUUUCUAUUUCUCAAUUUGUACUAUGA